AUGAUCCGAGAUGUGGACAUGGCAGAGCAGAGUGCGCUCGCAGCGGUAGCUUCAUCCGAGUUGACUUCGUCGGCCAUCAAAGUCGACACAGACGCCAGCGCUGAAACGAACCUCGACACUGCGCUAGACGGGGAGGACGUCCAGCUCAACGAGCUCAGUCUUCCUACGCCCCUCCCUAACAUCCCGCAGCCCAACUUUCCCACCCUGGACUGGGCCGAGUCUGUCUUCGCAAGGCGGAAAGGGCUUGCUUCUCGCUUCCAACGCACACUCACCAGGCUCGACACCACCCACAAGCGCGCGCCAAACACAUCAAUCUCGCUCGAACAUCUUGAGAGGCUUGCCUACAACGAUGAUCGGGAAGAAGUCUUGUCGCAGAUUGAAGAGCUCAAAGAGCUCAAGGCCAAGCUCGAGAAGAUGGAAGAGACACGGCAGAUCGAUGCUGCGGAAUCAUCCGAAAAGAUCAACCUCAGCUUCGGCAUCACCGACGAGAUCGAGCGGGAAAGGGAAAGGGAACGCGAGCUGGAGAGAGUCAAACGUCAGCAGGAAAGAGCAGCUGCCAAAGCGGCCAAGCUCGAGAAAGAGCGCGAAGCACGCCAUCGCUUGGGCAUCUAUACGCCUCCGCCAGAGCCACCGAGUGCACCCGCAAUGCCCGCAGCUUCGCCCGCGCCGAGUGCGAGUGCCACUCCUGCACCGUCAGGGCCGGCGUCGUUUGCGGUGUCAAGCUCGUACUCGGCUGUCAGCACGCCAGCAAGCACACCCGGAGGCUAUCCGUUCCCUCCUGGCGGCAGCUUGCCCUUUGCUGCAUCCGUGCCCAAUGGCUUCUCGAUGCCGUCCACGCCAGGCACGCCGUUUGGCUCAGCACCGCCUUUCGCUCCUGUGUCUGGCGCUACGGCUCCGGGAAUGAACGGCGGACCGAUGCCGAUGGCUGCUCCGACGUCUGCGCCCUUCAUGCCUGCCACUACCUCGAUGCCAGCUACACCUUCGACGGCAGCGGCGACACCGGUCAAGCCAUCCAGCAAGAGCAAAGCAAAGACUGCAGCCGCCGCAGCAGCAGCGGCAAGUGCACCGGGUACACCAGGAACCCCGGGUACUCCAGGCGUGACGCCGGGCCCAACACCUCAUCGAGGUCGAGGAAGGCCACGCAAGCAUCCGUUGCCCGGCACACCGGGAGGGCCUCCGAUCCCCAUCCCGCGCAAGAAGAAGGAGAAGCCAGCGGCAAAGCAGCCAGCAGCGACCGGCUCAGCACCGGGUACACCAGGCGCUGCAGGCGCAGCUGCCAUGUCGCCGCCUUCCUUGCCACCUGGUUCAGCUGCGAUGACACGUCCACCGCCAUCCGCAUCGCCCGUGCCGCCAACGAUGCCUGGUCCAGCACCCGGUUACUCUGGCGAAGCUUUCGCAUCAACGCUUCCACCCACGCCGACGCAGGUGCGACCACCUGGAGGAUCGCCUCCCGGCAAUGCAGCUUCGCCAAUGACGGUUCGGCCGCCGACAAUGCAUCCAACGCUCACCAGCGCGACGAGCCUCAACACGCCGCGAGCUGUGACGCCUGCCAAGCCUUCACCGUCGCCUGCUCCCUCCGCGGCGCCGAAGAAGACUCCAAAGGCAAAUGGCACUGCAAAAGCGACUCCGCCAGCAGCUGCCUCACCUGCACCAGCACCUGCUCCAGCCCCGGCAGCGAACGCCAACCCUUCCAUUCCGAAUCACCCCAUACCCUUGCUCAUCCCAGUAGCCUCGUUACCUCGACUCUCGGCAUUAGGCAUCCAGCCCACACCAAGCCCGCACAUCCGACCCGUGAUUGGCGCCAACGGACAACCACAGGGUCUCGAGGGCCUGCCAAUCCCAAUCGAUCCGGCGCAGAGCGUCCCCGCAGUCCUUCUCGGAAUCAGCGAAGGCACUGCAGAGGCGAGCGCCGAUGGUGCAGGAGGGAAACAGCAGAUCCUGCAUAUUUCUGUGGUGCUCAGCCGACUCAGCCCGAGUCAGCUCAGCGGGCUCGCCGUGCUCAUGCAGAGCUUACAGGCUCAGGUCGAGGCUGGGAAGCGUACGUAG